UCUUCUUCUUCUCUUUUUUUUUUUUCUGGGGUUUCUUAUCUUUUUGUCGUUUUAGCAUUAUUGCUGCUUAGCUCAGAGAUUUUUGCAUGUUUUUUGUUAUUUCGUUAAGCUUUGUUUCAUGUCUUUGUUCUCUGUCUAGGCUUCCCCUCUAUAUCAGUUUCUCUGUGUUGGGUUGCUUCCUUUUCAACAUAAGUACAUUGGUUUUUUUUUUUAAUAUAGUCCGGGAAACGUGUUUCUAUUUUGUAUUUGUUCUAUUCUGUUUACCGAGUUUGUUUGGUUUCUUCAAAAAUUCUAACUUUUUAGAAAUCAAAACGAAUUUGCAAGUUAAAGGGUAGGAGACAAGAAAACAGAGUAGUAUGUUCUUUCCCCUGUCUCUUUUCAGGGAUGCUGCAAAGAGGUUUUUAGUUUUGGUUUCUCCGCGUGAUCUUUAGAUAUGGAGAAGAAGGUGGAUACAUGUUCUCCAGUUGGAGUUCUUGAGGAUUUCUUUAGGAGUGAAGAAUUUGAAACGAGUUCUUUUAAAGCACCCACCACAGACUCUGCAAAUGAGCAAAACUCAAAGCAAGGUUUUCGAUGGCGUGGAUUUGCACAGCUCUUUAGAAGUAGAUCCAAGAAAUCAUUAGCCAAUUUGCAGCCUUUUGGAUCGUUCAGACUCUCACUAAGAAGGAGCAGCAGUAUGAGAGAAAAUGUUGCUGUCGCACCGGAUUUUCUUGCCAAUAGCAGUUCAUAUAACCUCAAGUCUCCGAGGAAGGUCUUCACUCUUUGUGAGCUUCAAAUUGCCACCAAAAACUUCAGCAGUGAAAAUCUUAUUGGAAAGGGUGGUUAUGCUGAAGUUUACAAGGGAAGUUUGCCAAAUGGGCAGCUUGUUGCCAUUAAACGGCUAACAAAAGGCACACCCGAUGAGAUAAUAGGGGAUUUCUUGUCGGAGCUUGGGAUUAUGGCCCAUGUGAACCAUCCUAACACUGCAAAGUUAAUUGGCUAUGGAAUUGAAGGUGGAAUGCAUCUUGUCCUUGAGUUGUCUCCAAAUGGAAGCUUAGCUUCUCUUCUAUAUGGUUCAAAGGACAAACUGAAGUGGGGUAUCAGGUUUAAGAUUGCUCUAGGCGCUGCUGAAGGUUUAAGUUAUCUUCAUGAGGGUUGUAAGAGGAGAAUCAUCCACAGAGAUAUGAAGGCUGCAAAUAUCUUGCUUACAAAGGACUUUGAGCCUCAGAUUUGUGACUUCGGGCUUGCGAAAUGGCUACCAGAGCACUGGACUCACCAUACCGUAUCCAAGUUCGAAGGCACAUUCGGCUACCUCGCUCCUGAAUACUUAAUGCAUGGCAUAGUAGAUGAAAAAACUGAUGUUUUUGCCUUUGGUGUGCUGUUGCUGGAACUAGUAACUGGACGCAGAGCUCUGGAUUACUCUCGGCAGAGCCUUGUAUUGUGGGCAAAACCCCUGCUAAAAAAGAAUGACAUUAGAGAGCUUAUUGACCCUGCCCUUGGGGAAGAUUACAAUUCUCGACAAAUGAAUCUUGUCCUCUUGGCUGCUUCUUUAUGCAUACAUCAGUCUUCAAUUCGGCGCCCUCAAAUGAGUCAGGUUGUACAGCUCCUUAAUGGCAAUCCCAACAGCCUAAAGAGCAUUAGAAAAUGCCGGAUCCCGUUCUUCAGAAAAGCUUUCCAUGAAGAGAUACACACUGCAGAAGAUCUAAGCUCAGCCAAGAGUUAAAAGUGGGUUUCGAAUGGAACAAACAGGUUGCUGUAAAAUUCUAGUGUAAACUACUAUGAUCUACCCUUUUGGAAGAGCGAGGUUUGUGAUCAAUGGGGCUUCAACUUGUUUGUGAGAAGCAGGCUAUGGGUUUUGCUCCGUUCAUUCCACCAACGACACGUGAGAAAAGAACAAGUUCGACGGAGAAAAAGAGGGAUGUUGUUUCGGCUACAUAAAAAGAAUUCCUAAAAAGAACAGAAUAGGCAUGAGAAGAAACUCCGAGGGACAAAAGCAAAAGUAGUGCCAGUGUCUUUGAGGACAUGUACAUAAAAGAAUCCUAGGGAACAAAAGUAAGGAAUAUUCCCUGGUUUAGUCAAUUUUGUAGGAGAAAUAUGUCAAAGAGCCUUGUCUUUUUCUUUUAAAGUAAGUUAAGUUAUGACAAAUCCUUUAAAGGAUCCUGAAUCAAAAGAUUCGUUACCUCUGCUACA